AUGAAACUUUUCAGAGACGAUCUUCUCUACAAGGUCAUACAAGAAGGCAUUGUCUACGGCCUCAUUGUGUAUGGUCUACCCAUAUGUCUCCUCUUAUGGCUAAAUCUGAACAUAAUUCGCCUGAUAAGAGGGGAGCAGCUUCAUGUACAAGCAUCACGUCGAUCAGCCGAAUAUCGCACUGCUCUAAUGACGGUGUUUGUGUUCGUCUUUUUCUUCUUAUGCACAACUCUUUCAGCAUCAAUAAGACUUUUCAUGAUAACUGCUGGAGGACUAGUGGAUCCCUUAGAGCUGGUAUGGCUGGUCGAUCUUUCAAAUCUUUUGAUGAACAUCAAUGCGCUAAUAACUCCAGUUAUCUGUUUUAUUUUCACCAGGGGAUUCAAGGAUCUUUUCUUUGUCAUCAGAUUUGCCCCUCCAAAAGGUUCAUUUGACGAAAAGGACUUCAAUCGACAGUUUUCUCCCAUGCUACCAUCAGAGUAUCGCAAUAUUUCGUAG